AUGGCGACAGAUAGCCUAUUAAGUGUCGACAUUGCAAAUCUCAAGGCGGACAUUCUCGCGCCGUUGGAGUCGGGCCACGAACAGCCAGAUUCAGAACAGGACCUUUACACAAGCGUCCAGCUCGCCGCCGUGGACGAAGCCGACCUUCACCCUCCUCUUCCUGACACCGGAUCUGUCUCCGUCCCCCAACUCCCCAGCACCGUCCCUGAAUCUCAAGUGAAUCUCACCGAUGCCGAAAGCCAACUCCAAUUCCUCCCGCCUGCGUUCGCGCCGAACAAAGCAGUUGCCACCGCACAGAAGAUGACCAGCCAAGGAAGCGAUGCUCCGACCCAGGAACUAUCUCCUUCGCACUAUGAGCACCUUCUCAACCGCAGUAGGAGUGCUGGACAACGGCAGGGCGAAGGCGACGGUUUCGACUUCGCCCAAGACUUUUUGGAAGAGACUGGAGUCACAUUUCAUGAGGGCGAUGAAGGCCACAUUGAUUUGAUAUCGAGUCUGGUUUCGCAGAAGGGACCAGCCAGUGAUGGAGAAGAUGAAGAGGUGGAGGGUGACCUCUUCCCUACCAAGUCGCCACGCGCUUUUACUCAAUUUCCAGAAUCCCAGCGAUUCAAGACACCGGCCACUGCUGGGAGAAAGAGAAGAUACAAUGGCGAUGUCAUUGACAGCCCCGAGCUGCCUCGCAAUCCUCUAUUGCGAGCUGGCGAGGAUCAUGCUCAUGCUCAUGCUCAUGUCAUGGGCCUCAGCCAGGCCUUUGCUGCAACUCAGGCGAACACUUCGCCCUUUGUCGGCGGUGCCAAUGGAGAUCUGCACUCCGAUCGUCCGUCGCCGAAUAUCGAGCUACAGCCCCGUCCUGUGACGGCUACCACUUCGUCACCGUUACGGCCCAUUUCCGACUUUAAGCGAGCCUCGACGGAACCGGCCUCGCGAUAUGUCUCUGUGCAGCAGUCCCAGGCCCUGCGAGAGCAGGCUAGGCGAAGGCAGCUGGAAAUUCUCAACCACGAUGAAGAUUCUGAUCACGAUAGCUUCGACGACGAUGGGGAUAGUUACCUUGACAGAGAAUGGAGACGGCGGGAACGCGAUCGAAAGAUACAGGCGCAUCUUUCGUCAAUAUCAAAGCAAUCUACGCGAAGUAUUUCGGCGUCCAGGUCGUCUCCCAUUCCUGGACUGACUCGAAGUUCUCCGGAGAGACCUCUGCCCAUGGACCGACCUAGAACGCAACCCGAUUCAAGCCCAACUAGGCGUGAUCGACACCUGUCGAGCAAUGAAAGCGAGGAAGAAACGGAACAGGAAGAUAACACCUCCGUCGUCGUGACGCGUUCGAGUCAGCCGAUAGUGCUGCUCGACGAAGAGGAUAAGGAGAAUUUCUCCGAUCGAGCAAGCCAAAUACCUGAGACCACGGCGAGACUGCACCGGGUUAUGAACGACAUACCUACUCAUGAAGUAGAAAGCCCCUUACUCAGGCAUAGCCACGGGCCUCACAGCCGACCUGUAGCUUUCAGCAGUUCACAGAUGUUUGCAGUAGCCGAUUCGCAGCCUGAGCGGCCCCUGAAGCGACGUCGGACGACCACUCACGUUCCCAGAUCUUCUACCCCUGAUGGGAUGCUUGAUUUUGUUCCACAAUCUCCCACAUCAUCACCCGCAGAACAAGUCACCACAAAUCAAAGGGAUUCGGCCUCCGCCAUAACGGUUGGCAUCUUGAGUGCGGUAGUGGAUGAGCAUCUCCCAGCCAGUGAGCCACCAACAGACACUAUAGCUGACCUCCCUGGAUUGAGCUCGAAUACCCAGACGCGCCAACCACCAACUAGCACAAUUCCUGAGACUAGUUCUAACGGACAAGUAGUUCAAUCUGGAAGAGGGGCCGACGCAAAACCACAGAUAGGGAAUGCUGAGAGUCAUGACGCGUUUGAUACCGCGCAGACUCACAAUCAAGCCUCUACAGCGACCCUUGAACAACCUGUCGGAAUCGAAUUAAGCAGUCCUCCUAUUGUCACUUCGCCGCCAGGGCGUCGGCGGAAACGCAUGGCGGAAAUCGCUGCAGAACCAUCGCCCGUCGGAUCACCGGGCAGCUUCAACGCAGCUGAAGCUCUAGAGCUGGAUGCAGACUUCCAGAAUCCCAAUCGUUCGAGUCUUUCUCCGCCGCUGAACACUGGAAAUAUAUCCGAGGGCGCAGACCUACCUGGCAGCCGUCAUUCUGGUAUUAGACAGUGGGAAGAGAAUGACGACGAACCUGAAUUGAACGAAGCUUCUAGCGCGCCAAAGGACCAGGCCGCUUUGGGAAAUCUUGAGCUAAACCCAGAUAUCUUGGAGGAGCCCGUGCAAGGCGUGCCACCCCCUAUAACAUAUUCGUGGGAAGAAGGGAGGUCAGCUACCAAGACAUUGAAUGCUCCCAGUAAGGGGCUUCAGACCGCGAGUUCGAGGGCUCGGGCAUCGCAAUGGGACCUUCCGCCCUCACCACCACAAAAUCCCAUUCCUUUGAGCAGACCCUCGCCAAGUGUAAAGCGGAAGGCAAGAAGAGAUGAAUCUUCGACGGGGAUGCCUAGGGUGUUAAACAAGAAGCCCGAACGAGCGAAGAGCGCUGUAUUUCGGCCUGCUUUGCCCGAGAUUACCGAACAUGGCCAGGACAGUUCCGAUCCUAUCAUCUUGGAUGACGUUCCAGAUUUCAGUGCUGCCACAACGCCACUAUCCGACAACGAUGCGGAAAAUGGCACCAACGAACCAAAUAUUGCGCCAAAUAUGGUGUUUGCGUGCUUUAAUGGAAAAACCCGUGCCUAUCACCCUGCCAUUUGUCUUGGACGUUCGAAAUCUGAUACAGGCCGAUUUCUGAUCCAGUGGGAAGGAUUCGACCCAGACGAGCUCGAUGAGUAUGGUGUGCGGAGUUUGGACCUGCGCGUGGGGGACCAAGUUAAAGUAGAUAUCAAAGGGUUUCCCAGGGUUUCUCACGUCAUUCGAGGCUUCCAAGACAAGAUUGAGCAAGGGAACGCCUUGGCUGACCACGCCGUGCUCACUGAUAUCCGUGGGUACCGGACAGUUCUGGUAGCUCCAAAGCAACGAAAAGACCUGCUUUCCGAAGCGUCGGCUGAGAACGUGAAGAAGGUGCCCAUCUCUACAGUAUAUCUAGACAGCCAAAUGUGGGGACAGAUGAAAGACCGAACAUACGAGUACAAGCCGCCUUCAAUUCCCGCUGUGCUUCCUGGCAUCGCCACCCCCUUGGACCGGCCAUCUACGCCAAGCACACCUUCAUCACGGACUCGUCGAGGCAUAGCUGCAACAGGACCCCCAGCUGUACACAUUGACCUAGCAAACGGCCUACUUGAGAAGAUGGCAUUCGCAGUUUCAUACGAAGACAGCGACCGUCGGCGAUAUCUCGUGGACCUGGUGCAGGACCACGGUGGGAUCAUCCUACAGGAGUCUUUUCUCGACCUCUUUGAGCCGGACUCGAUACAGCUAAAAGAGGAAUUCUCUGGCUUUUCGUUCGCUGCACUGCUCACUGACCGUCACUCCCGAAAAGAGAAAUAUCUUCAAGCUUUAGCGCUGGGGCUUCCUUGCAUCAGCGGGAGAUGGAUCGAAGUUUCCGUCGAAUCCCAUAAAAUUGUCGAUUGGACGAAUUACCUCCUCCCGGCUGGAGAAAGCACGGAGCUCGAGGGCGCCACAAAGUCGCGCAUUCUUCCAUUCUCGGCAAGUGCAGAGGGUUUGAGAGUCCAAGACAUUGUUAGCUUGAGACCGAAGAUUCUCAGUGAUUGCCAAGCCAUCGUCGUGAUGGGCAAAGGCAAGACUGAGGCCAAACGGCGACCAUAUCUCUCACUCGUACGCGCCCUGGACCCGGUCAAAGUUGAGCUGGAACCUGACCUGGUGGCUGUGAAGGCAGGGCUGGAGGCUGCCUCGGACGACUCCGGGACAAUGAGGUACAUCUUUGUAGAUGAUCGAGAGGUCGAAACCGCGAAGGCUACACUCUUUCCAACAGCAUCGAAGCGAAGGGGUGGCCGUCCCAAGCACGGCCGGAGGCGAGGCAAGCGAAAACACGAGGGCGUGCGAACGCACGACGACGGAGACGACAAUCCAGAGACGGACCACGGUGGUACCGCCAUCAAAGUGAUGUGCAACGAGGAUAUUGUGCAGAGUCUAAUUUUGGGCAAGUUGUGGAUUGGAUGA